CCUUCUCAAAAGUACAAGCCGUACACACCUUUGGUCCUCAACGACCGUCAAUGGCCUUCGAAUUCUUUGACCAAUGUUCCCAUCUGGCUAUCCACAGACCUCAGGGAUGGAAAUCAAGCUUUGGCAAACCCCAUGACUGUCGAACAGAAGACUACUUUCUUCAGACAACUCGUAAAGUGCGGGGUUAAGCAAAUCGAAGUGGCAUACCCUGCCGCGAGCGAAACCGACUUUCAAUUUGUUCGUGGACUCAUCGAAAACAAUGAAGUCCCAGAUGAUGUUUGGAUUCAGGUCUUGACUCCUGCUCGUGAGGACUUGAUUCGCCGUACCAUCGAUUCUGUGGCCGGCGCGAAGCAUGCUAUCCUCCACAUGUAUAAUGCGACAUCGCCCACUUUCCGUGAGGUUGUAUUCCGUAGUUCGAAGGAACAAACAAUCAAGUUGGCGGUCGAACACACCAAAAUCGUUCGUCAAUUGACGGAGGAAUGCACAGCCAAGUACGGAACGGUUUUCAAAUAUGAGUACAGCCCGGAAACGUUCACCCAAACUGAACCGGAGUACGCCUUGGAAGUUUGCGAGGCCGUCAAGGCCGCAUGGGGGAAGGCUGGCACAGGAGAUGAUCGAAUUAUCUUCAACCUCCCCUCCACAGUUGAGAUCGCCCCGCCAAAUCAUUAUGCAGACCAAAUCGAGAAUUUCUGCCGUAAUAUUUCGGAGCGGGAGAAAAUUAUUAUCAGCUUGCACCCCCACAAUGACAGAGGGACCGCAAUCGCGUCCGCUGAAUUAGGGAUGUUGGCUGGAGGUGAUCGCAUCGAGGGUUGUUUCUUCGGCAAUGGGGAGCGCACUGGCAAUGUCGAUCUCGUGAACCUUGCCCUUAAUUUCUAUUCUCAGGGAAUUAAUCCCGGCCUCGACUUUAGUGACAUUCAAAGCGUCAUCGACGUUGUAACGCAGUGUAAUGACCUUCCUGUUCACCCCCGCCACCCAUAUGCUGGAGAGCUCGUCUUCACCGCCUUCUCGGGUUCGCAUCAGGAUGCUAUCAAGAAAGGGUUUGAGGUCCAAAAGAUCCGGCAUGCUCAGGCUGCAGCGCAAGGGGAGCCUCAAUACUGGAAUAUCCCUUACCUCCCUAUUGACCCAGCUGAUCUUGGACAAGAUUAUGAAGCCGUCAUUCGGGUUAAUUCGCAAUCAGGCAAGGGCGGAAUCGCAUUCCUCAUCAAGCAGCAUUUGCAUCUCGACUUGCCCCGCAAAAUGCAAGUUUUGUUCUACCAGGUUGUCCAAGCGAUCGCGGACAAGGAAGCACGCGAGAUGACAGUCGACGACAUAACAACGGCGUUCCGAAGGACUUACAAAUUUGGCGGAUCAAAGUAUGCAGGUCGAUUGGUCUUGCGUAACUUUAGAAUUUCAACAGAGCGUGGCGAUGACCCAGCAGAGUUUUCUGGCGAUGACGCUCCCGAUGAGCGUCGUCGCUUCGAUGGCACCCUCUCUGUUGAUGGAGUAUAUCGUGUGAUUAGAGGUGAUGGAAAUGGGCCACUUUCAGCUCUGCUGGAUGCGCUCCGCACCCACCUGGAUAUCGAUUACACUAUCCGUGAUUACAUCGAACAUUCGCUAAGUGUCGGGUUUAAUGGGCAAUCCGGUCAAGCGGACAUCGCGAUUGGCGAAGGUACGGAGGUGGUUGCGGCGUCGUACGUGGAACUGCUGUACGAGGUAGAAGGGAGUAAGAAACGGAGUGCAUGGGGGGUGGCCACCGACACCGACAUAACGGCGUCUGGUAUCAAGGCCGUUUUGAAUGCUGUGGGCGUUAUGGGGGUUGCCCUGGGGCAAUAA